AUGUUCGCCGACAGGAAGAAAAAGAGGAUGGGGAGUUGGGUAGCUCUUGUCGCUAGCCGCGUUUACCUCGCUUUCAUCCUGCUCUUUACCCUUUUAGAGCUCGGUUCGCCCCUCCUUCGCUUGUUCUCGACUUCUCCGGGGGCCUCUGGGUCGGUCCUUGCUCAAGCCUCUUUGUUUCAGUCCUCCCGGCAGGACUCCAAAGCCGCACACGCUUUCAGCAACGCUUCGGCCUCAAAUGCUAAAAAAGCGGCAGCCGCUGGGGAGCCCUCGGGCUUGACCUACUCGUCUCGCGGAGCCUCCUGGAGAGACGGUCCGUCUCUCCGCUCGGGUCGGCAAGUGCAGGCACUGGGCUCGCCUGUCUCGUUCUCGCCGGCGUCCGCAGCCCAGUCGUCUCCUUCGUCUCUUUUGACGCCGUCUGAGAGCGCGCGGCCUUCCGCCUCGACUUCGGAUGCGCAGCCGCAGGCGACGCCACUGGCGAAGCCCAUCGGCGUGAAGGACUCCUUCCUCGACGACAGCGCGAGCCACGCGGUGGCAGCCGACGCGACGGGUCCACGCCCCGCCGCCACGGACUUAACGAGCGCGCCGAAAGAGGCACCACCGAGCGGCGUCGACCCCUUAGCGCCUUCGCGACUAUUGAACCCGAGUGCGUUUGCGCGGCGCCUAGUAGCCAAAGUCCACACCGCGUUUGUGCAGAAAACGCGCCACGCCCCGGAGUCGCACGCCGCGGAGAAGGGAAACGACGAGACGCAACCUCAUGGCGCGGCCGCCUUUGUGAGUGUAGACGAGAAGAGGAGCGACGCGGGCGCGGAGCCCGACGAGGGGACGGAAGCCACGGAUGAAGCCGCUGAGACUCCAGAAGAGAGUGAAUCGGAUUCAGAGAGCGUCAGCGAAGAAGAGGAGCCUGCGAACUUCGCCUUCUUGGAAGCGAGGGAUGGCAACGAGGAAGAUGACGACAGAGAAGACGAGGAGAUCGAGGGAUCUCGCGACGAGUCCGAUUCGAACUCAGAGUAUCCGGCGGGCGAUCACAGCGCCGCAUUUGUGCAGGAAGGAGGUACACCGAAAAAAGGAGAGGGCGAGGAGGGCUCUGCCGAGGCAGACGACGAUAUGGUAGGCAGCAGCGCGGAGGAAGAAGCGGGAGGCACCAAGUCAGCUGAGAAAUCCGAGGUACAUUCAUCUCAAACCGAGGCCUCGAAGACCCAGCAAGAAGGGCACUCAGGCGAUGCGACUCAAAGCAGCGUCGGUGGAAGCCACCUGCAUGUGCACUCGGGACAUGACGCAGAAAUCAAAGCACACAGAGGCACGGUGCAUUCUCAUCAUCACAAGCCUGAGAAGACGCAGGAAAAAGACGAAUCUUCCGCCUCACAGACUGAAGAGGGCGAAGAUAAAGAAGAGAACGCGUCGCAAUCGCACUCCGACGAGCCGACAGAAGGCAAGACAGAGGAUGGCUCAGAGGCUCAUGCAGCACACGAUCACGCUGGAGCAGAGAAGGAGGACAGCGAGGAGAAGGAAGAUGCAGAGAGCCAUGCAGCACCCGAUCACGCUGGAGCAGAGAAGGAGGACAGCGAGGAGAAGGGAGGUGCAGAGAGCCAUGAAACACACGAUCACGCUGGAGCAGAGAAGGAGGACAGCGAAGAGAAGGGAGGUGCAGAGAGCCAUACAGCACACGAUCAUGCUGGAGCAGAGAAGGAGGACAGCGAGGAGAAGGGAGGUGCAGAGAGUCAUGCAACACACGAUCAUGCUGGAGCAGAGAAGGAGGACAGCGAGGAGAAGGGAGGUGCAGAGAGCCAUGCAACACACGGUCACGCUGGAGCAGAGAAGGAGGACAGCGAGGAGAAGGGAGGUGCAGAGAGCCAUGAAACACACGAUCAUGCUGGAGCAGAGAAGGAGGACAGCGAAGAGAAGGGAGGUGCAGAGAGCCAUACAGCACACGAUCAUGCUGGAGCAGAGAAGGAGGACAGCGAGGAGAAGGGAGGUGCAGAGAGUCAUGCAACACACGAUCAUGCUGGAGCAGAGAAGGAGGACAGCGAGGAGAAGGGAGGUGCAGAGAGCCAUGAAACACACGAUCAUGCUGGAGCAGAGAAGGAGGACAGCGAGGAGAAGGGAGGUGCAGAGAGCCAUGAAACACACGAUCACGCUGGAGCAGAGAAGGAGGACAGCGAGGAGAAGGGAGGUGCAGAGAGCCAUGCAACACACGAUCAUGCUGGAGCAGAGAAGGAGGAUAGCGAGGAGAAGGGAGGUGCAGAGAGCCAUGCAACACACGAUCACGGUGGAGCAGAGAAGGAGGAUAGCGAGGAGAAGGAGGACUCAGAGGGUCAUGCGGCGCACAUGCAUGCGAAUGCCGGUGCAGUGAGUGAGGAGAGCAAGAAAGAGCAGAAUCCCGAGGAAAAGGAGGAUGCUGCACAUGCGCUUACUGCAGAGGAGAAGAAGAAGGCUGAGGAGAAGGAAAAGGAAGCGGAGAUUGAACGAAAACACAAAAUGGCUGUUAUGAAACACGAAGCGGCUGAGGAGAAGCGUCGACAUGCGGACGAGCUGCUGCAGUCGCACCACCUGGGUCAGGGCGGACCGCGCGGGCGGACUGUGGUGGCGUCGCACUCGCACAUGCACGUGCAGGACGUGCUUCAGCACGAGCAGCUGAAGCAAGCCACGCAGAUGGCAAACGACCUCACGCGUCAUCUGCAGAUUCAGAACACACUCAAGAUGCGAGAGAUGUUCCUCAAGCGCAAGGAAAUUGGUCACCUGAACCAGCUCAAACACUACCAAGACCUCAUGCAGGCCACGCUCUCCACUGUCUGGAAGAAAAUGAAGAAGUUCAAGCACGACCUGAAGCGCAUGCACCUGCACAGCCGGUUUGUUGGCAAGAAGUUCCUCACAGAGACCGACCACCGUGUUCUGCGACGAGAAGAGCUCCCGGCAGCGCAGAUGGUGCCGCAGGUCGACACGGUUGGGAAAACAUCCAACGGAAUCGUCAUGGACUGCCCGACAGACUGUGCGCCGAACGCAUGCGACAACAAGCCGACAGUCCCUGCUCAGUGCUUCAAAUACGAAGAAGUCGCUGGUGGUGGAGGUUUCAGGCGAUGCGAACCAUUCGCUGAUCCGUCGACUGCGACCUGUGAACCGGGUUUCAGUCGCUGCGCGAUGGCGGCUCCGACACGCGGCAAGCACUACGAACUGUUCGCUUCGCCGGCCGACCGGCCGCUCCCGCAGCCUCUCCUCGUCCACGGAAGCAACUUACACGCCUGCCUCAGGCUCCUGCCUGUACACGAAAAGACAAAGUGCACUCCGGAGAAUUCCAAAACCGUUGAGGAGGCUCUCAAGGACACCCAAGCUGUCGCAGCCCAACCGCCUCCGCAUGUCUUGGAGCAGGCUGUUCUCUUUGAAAGUAUCCAGGUCCCAGUGCCCGGAAAUUACAAGCUAUGCAUGCUCCAAUACUGGAGGCCCGCUGGCUCAAAGCCUACCGAUGAUGUUCUAAUCAUGGGCAUCGAUGAAAUAGGCACCCUGACAGUCCGCCCGCAGCCGAACGAGCACAUCCUGAGGCACAUGCAAGGUCUGCACACAAAGAAUGCAGAACACGAGUAA